AUGUGCAACGAUUCAAUCAUCAAUAUAAAAUACGAUGAUGAAUACAAAGUUCGGACUGACUUUUCAAUACUCUAUAAGAACAAGGUGUACUAUUAUACUGAGUAUCGAGUUCUGAAUGAUGGCAUAAAAAUUUGUAACUCCACUGAAAACUACGUAAAGAAUAUUUGGAAAGUACGCAAUAAGUGGGUAAAGGCGACAAUGCAUGAAAAAAGUUGCAAUAAACCCAUUAGAACCUUUUGGUUUCACCGAAAGUAUUACACUGUGAAUAAGCAGUUCACUGUCUAUGUCGCACCUACGAGUCAAUAUUUCACAAGAAGUAGCUAUGGCGUGGAAGACGGUAGACCAUAUAUAUGCGAUGAAAAAUUCAGACCCACAUCAACAGAGUAUACCCAGGACGAUCUAUUAAUGUGCAACGAUUCAAUCAUCAAUAUAAAAUACGAUGAUGAAUACAAAGUUCGGACUGACUUUUCAAUACUCUAUAUGAACAAGAUGUACAAUUAUACGGAGAAUCGAGUUCUGAAUGAUAGCAUAAAGAUUUGUAACUCCACUGAUAAUUACAUACGAAAUAUUUGGAAAGUACGUACUAAAUGGGUAAAGUUUACAAUGCAUGAAAAAAGUUGCAGUAAACCCAUUAUAACCGUUUGGUAUUACCGAAAGUAUUACAUUGUGAAUAAACAGUUAACUGUCUAUCUCGUAGGUACGAGUCAAUAUUUCGCAAGAAAGAACUAUGGGGUUCAAGACGGUAAACCUUAUAUAUGCGAAGAAAAGUUAAGACCCAAAUCAAGAGAGUAUACCCAGGAAGAUCUAUUAAUGUGCAACGAUUCAAUCAUCAAUUUAAAAUACGAUGAUGAAUACAAAGUUCGGACUGACUUUUCAAUACCUUAUAAGACCAAGGUGUACGAUUAUACUGAGUAUCGAGUUCUGAAUGAUAGCAUAAAGAUUUGCAACUCCACUGAAAAUAAUGUACGGAAUAUUUGGAAAGUACGCAAUAAAUGGGUAAACUUGGAAAUGUAUUAUAUAAGUUGCAAUAAACGAUUUGGAACCUCCUGGUUGGUCCGAGGUUUUUAUACUGUAAAUAAGCAGUUCACUAUCUAUCUCGCACCUAGGAGUCAAUAUUUCACAAGAAAUGACUAUUGGGUGAGAGAUGGUAAACUUAUAAUUUGCAAAGAAAACGACAGACCCACAUCAUCAGAGUAUACCGAGGAAGAUCUACUAAUGUGCAACGAUUCAAUCAUCAAUAUAAAAUACGAUGAUGAAUACAAAGUUUGGACUGAUUUUCCAAUACUCUAUAUGAACAAGGUGUACGAUUACACAGACUAUCGAGUUCUCAAUGAUAGCAUAAAGAUUUGUAACUCCACUGAUAGCUACGUGCGGAAUAUUUGGAAACUACGUAAUGAGUGGGUAAAGGCGACAAUGCAUCAAAAAAGUUGCAACAAAUCCAUUUUCACUUUGUUUUCCGGAGAGAAGUACGCUGUGAAUGAGCAAUUCACUGUCUAUUUGGGAAGUAGCGGUCAAUAUGUCACAAAGAAUAAUUAUGGGGUGAUAGACGGUUACCGUAAACCUUAUAUGUGCGACGAAAAGUUCAAAUCCAUAUCAACAGAGUAUACCAAGGAAGAUCUGUUAAUGUGCAAUGAUUCAAUAAUCAGUAUAAAAUACGAUGAUGAAUACAAAGUUCGGACUGACUUUUCAAUACUCUAUAAGAACAAGGUGUACGAUUAUACUGAGUAUCGAGUUCUGAAUGAUAGCAUAGAAAUUUGUAACUCCACUGAUAACUACGUACGGAAUAUUUGGAAACUACGUAAUGACUGGGUAAAGGCGACAAUAUAUCAGAAAAGUUGCAAUAAACCCAUUACAUACAUUAAGUUCGACCGAUGGGAAUACACUGUGCUUAAGGAUUUUGGAAUUCUGAUUGCGGCAACAAAGAAGCAGAUAACAAAGCACAAUUAUGCUGUGUUUGAAGGUAAACUUAUAACAUGUGUGACGGAGUGCGCCAAUUUUUCCUUUGCUAUAAAGUAUGAAGAUGAAUACAAAGUAUGGAACAACUUCUCAAUGAUGUACCAAGGUCGAAUGUACUCUUAUGACGAGUACAGAAUAACGGAUGAUGGUCUACAAGUUUGUAAUUCUUCUGAUCGUCACAUUAAAGAAAAAUGGAGGAAUUUCAUUGUUUCGGAAAAGAUAACGUUAGCUUUCAAAUAUUGCAAUGUAUCUGUGGACGGUUUUUACUCCGAAAAUUACACAUUACAUGCAAACUUUACUGUUUUCUUCAAACCUACCAAUCAAAAUUUGACAAGGCAAGAUUACGGAGUGAUUAUGGGGUAUUUUGCAAUUUGUUCAAGAAAGCUCAGAUUGUCAUGCAAUGAUGAUUUGGUCAAAGUAAAGUACGAUGAACAAUACAAUGUUUUCAAAAACUUUUCGCUGGUCUCCAACAAGAAGAUGUACGAUUAUCGCGAAUAUCGAUUAAGCCACGACAGUCUUGAAAUGUGUGGUUCCAAUGAUUCAAGAGUUCAGGCGAUUUGA